CUGCGCAUUUGAGUUGUUGUAUAUUUUACCCCCUGGCAUGACGGGCGUUCCCUCCCUCCCUCGCCGGGCUUAUCGCACUUCAAACAAUCCACAUCCGGCACGAUGAGCCCGGACAAGCUAGCGAGCGGGUGGCUGUUUUUAGGACGUGUUUAGGAAAAGACUUACUUGGCAGAGGCUUCUCCGGGUCAUUGUUCUCCGGCCUCACGCCGCCUCGGGCGAGCGAAUGAACUAGCUGCCAGUGAGGCGCAAGUGUGUCCAAGGCGAAAGGCGGCCACAAAGGCGCGAGUACCGAAUACGCGGAAACCCAAAACCCGCGUGGGAUUGAGAUGCGGAGCGCCCGUCCACAGCUGGUUAAGAGUGGCCAGCCGACGAUUGGUUACGCGGAGCACGCCAGGCAGUAGGCGAAGCUGGUCGGCAUGGAAAACACCAGCCAGGCAGAAGCGCCCACUCGCGACAGCGGACCAGCGGAGAUGAGCGAUGAAGGGGACGACUCCGCCGCCGGCUUCACGUUGUACCGAAGUCACUUCUCGCCUGAGCCGCAGCACACUCAUGAACGAGCAGCGAGCUUGAGCGCAUCUCUGGACGGGCCAGCGCGGGCGCUGGAUGGCAGCUGUGGACUGCGAGGGUUCACGGAUUCCGAGGGGCGAGUGGACGAGUCUCGGCUUCGGACACUCAUUUUUAAGCAAGGUGGAGUAGACCCAAGUGUUCGCACAUUUGUGUGGAAGUUCCUUUUUGGCAUGUACCCCUGCAGCUCAACAGCUUUGCAGCGAACUAUUCUGGAGGAGGAACUAAGGAUCCGUUAUCAGUUGAUGAAGAAAAAAUGGCAAAGCCUGCUUCCCACAGCUAGGAGAAUUCGAAUUAAUGGCACUGACGAUGAACUGAUCGCUGCCUUGAAGUACUAUGAAGAAAAGAGCAGUAAAACUCUAUGUAAUUCAACAAAUGACGAUGAAGAUAUGAAGGAAAGAACUGCAUUUUUGGAACUACAAGCACAGGUCCUGAUUGACAAGACACAUUUCAUUGUUGAAAACCUACAAGAGGCAAUCCGGAUUAUAGAUAAAGAUGUUCCAAGGACUGAACGGGACCUUCCAUACUUUGUGGGAGAAGGUUCAGCCAAUCUACUGGUUUUGAGGGAUAUUCUCAUCACAUUUGCAGCAUUUCACCCAGAUGUCAGUUAUGCACAAGGCAUGAAUGAUCUCUGCAGCAGGUUUCUAGAAGUUCUGGAUUCUGAAGUGGAUGCAUAUUGGUGUUUUGCUUCCUAUAUGGAGAAGUUCUCCAGCGACUUUAAAGCAGAUGGAAUGUGCCGUAAGAUUGAGCUUGAGGCACAACUGCUUAAAGAACUUGACCCAUUGCUUUAUGCCCAUCUGGUAAGAGAUGAGCUGGACAGUCUGGCGUUUUGCCACAGGUGGUUACUUCUGGGUUUCCAGCGUGAAUUCAGUCAUAGCGAUGCACUCUGUCUUUUUGAGGUUUUGAGCACAAAUCAUUUAGAACUGAACUCUCUGGAAGGAGAGCUGGCUAGAGACCGAGAGCGACUAUACCACAUCGAACGAGAAGCAGGUGAAGUGAGACCAGAAUUGCCUUCUAUCAACCUGGGAUUCACUUUUGACCUAUUUGUCUGUGCUGCUAUUCUCCUUGAAAACCGCGAGAGACUGUUGAGUUGUCAAAGUGAGACAGAAUUGAUCCAGUUUACAAACAGUCUGAAAGGCAAACUAGACUUGAAGAAAACACUCCAUAAAGCAGAGGAACAUUUCUUUAACUACUGCCGCAAAUCAGUAUUGGAUUAUUUUAAUCAGCUCAGCCUGGAGUCUCCAAGCAGAGAACCUUUUGGAUUUCAACUUUGGAGCCUUUUCUCUUGAGCGAUUGAUGACUGUGUGGCCAUAACUAUGUUGGUGGCUAUUUUAAUAGCAAUCUUAUUCAAGACAACUUCUGCAGUGCAGAGGAAUCAGUGUUUGUUGGCAACAUGAGGGGACUUUUAUAAAACUACAAGCUGCAUACUUGAUUCAGUUUGUUUUAUCUAUCAUGGAAAUAAAUGGAUCUGUGAAGGGUAAAUAAUAAAAGUCAAGAAGAUGUAAAUUUUAAAACAGUAUCAAGAAAGUAUGACAUUUUAACAAUUCAAGAAUAAGAUGCUUUUCAAACAAACCUUUGUGAAUUAAAUUUUAAUAUUUUGAACAUUACUUAUAAUUAUGUCAAUCUUCAGUGUUAUAUUUUUAUUGUUCUCUUUGGCUGGCAUAUCAUCAGUCACCAGGUAAGAAAUGUGCAUCCGGUGAUGCACAACAUUUAUUAAUUUGAAGGAAAGCAAAUAUUUGAUUAAAUGGGAAUUUAUUUUCAUUCUGAAUUUGUUUACCUGAGGAAGACUGAUCAUUAGUUACCAUUACUUUAGGAUAGAGCAUAUCCGAGCUCAGUCAUGAACAAUGGGCUCACAGGCAAUGUCCUCCUCUUCCUCUUCAUCAUCUCAUUUAUGCUAUGGUGGUUGGAUCAGUUCACUGUCUAUUCUUACCCACAUGUAUCAGCCUUUGUAGCUCUGAAGUGGUUUUAUUUUGCCUUGGCUUUAAGUGAUCUCACUCUGUAUCUAAGGUCUAAGUAUUUCCCACUCAUGACCGGUAGAAGCUGUCUAUUCAGAUGUAG